CCAGCCGCAGUUCGUCCAAAACAACGAGUCAAGCCACAUCUUAAUUUUAACCAUGUCCAGUUCUCCAGCGAUUUUUGUUCGUCCUCUUUGUCUCCAAAUAUUUUUGGGAGGAGUGGUGUUAGAAUAUAUUAAUUUGAUACAAGCGGUUGAUCUAAAUGAUGAACUAAUUCUGAGGCAAAAUAAUCUCUUGGAACGAUUGAGCACGCAGUUAUCCAACAUUCCGACCAAAGAUGAUCUUGCCUCCUUGGAAGCCAAAUUCGAGCGAGGAAUAGAACGAGAGCGAAGACAAAACGGCGACUUGAAAACCAAAUUGCAAAUCAUGUCGAACGCAAUGACUAAAAAAUUGGAUGGUUUACAAAAUACCAUUGACAACUUUCGAGGACUUGUGAAAUUUAUGGUUGAAGAGUGUAUAAAUAGCUGCCUGGAAAACAAACCACGAAGUAAACGGAGUACCCCCAACCUUCCGAAUGCAGUAAAAACGGACAGGGAAUUGGAUUUCCGGAAUUUGUCAGAUUAUCGCCUGGUUCUAUUAACAACACAAUGGCUGCAGAAAGGAUUCAACAACUUUACGGAUCAGCUCGCAACCGUGGAGAGACACCAGCAUGAAAUCUUGAAGGAGAUAAGGAACACAAGUUCCGGCGUGUCUCAAGGUGUUGACACCGUCUUGAGGGAAGUUGCAAGUUUGAAGUACUAUAUCAGAAAAAUAUGAAAGAACAAAAAAGUCUUAUUUUUCGAUUUUCUAUCAUAAUAAAAAAUCACCACCAUGCUAAUUCCAAAGUGGCAUUAGCAUGUUUGGUGAAGUCUAGGCUGUCAAGAGACGCGGGGAAACCCUAAAUUCAUGAUUCAUAACCAUAGGGCGGAUAUGUAUGUACAUAAAUUCCUCAAAAUAUGCAUGUAAUAUGUGCUUAAAAACCUCGAAAAUAUGCACAUCAAAAAUGUUUUUAAUUAUUUAUAAUUAUUUAUAAUAAUAAUAUAAUAAUAAUAUAAUAAUAAUAUAAUAUAAUACUAUAAUAUAAUAUAACAUAUAAUGUUAAUAUAAUAAUAAUCUAUAAUUAUUUAUUUAUAAUUUCUUACUUGCUUUAUAUCGCAUCUUAAAGAACAUUCAACUUUUUAACAAUCCGACACGCGGAUUAUUUCAACCUUAAGUUUUAAUCUUCAUUUAAUGACUCAUAUUGCAACACUGGUUCCAUUUCAAGCAAUUUUUUGGCCUGGGAAACUUAUAAAAUGAAGCACAUUGGAUUUGCCACUCGUUCGCACGAAUUAAGCACCUUCAUCAUGAAAAUAUAAUUUCGAACAAGUCUUAAAUUACAAAUGAAGAAAAAUAUUGCUAUACAAAAAACCUCGAAAUAUGUAUUAAAAGAAUUAUAUUUUUAAAGAAACUUUGAAAUAUGUAUAAAAAUAUUUAUAUUUCCGAAAAACCUCAAAAUAUGUAUGAAAAUAUGUAUACGUACGAAAACCACGAAAUAUGUAAAAUAUUGAAAACUAUGUUUGAAUUUUUGAAAUCAUGCUUAUGUGGGACGUUAGUUUACGAAGUUUUAGUACGAUCGGGUUUGUUAUGAAAAAGUUAGAAAUACAUACAUAUCCGCCGUCUGUUCAUAA